AUGGUCGUUCGCCCUGAGGCACGAAUCGAUCCUACCAUACAUAGUCUUACCUGCAGACUGACCCUGAGACGUUGGCUUUUCAACCCACGACGGUUCGCGCGCUCUGUGGUAAAGUAUUCGCGCAUUCCUACCACAGACAAUGGUUCUGUGCCAACUGAGCUCACCAAUGCAACACCAAAGUCUCUUUUGUCAAAUCCUCGCACUAUAAUCCACGAAGAUGACCCUCAAGAUGAUCUGCUUUUGUCUCUAUAAUCUAUUUUCCCAUCCCACUCCUCAUCUGAUCCUUCAACAUUCAUCGUGUCAUUCCUGAAGUUAAUCUCUCGGUGAAGAGGACGCAUUUCUUGUAUCAUCCAUCGAGUAUUACUUUUAUCUUUACGGUCCUUAUGAGCUGUGUUAUCCUAAAUUUUUAUGCGGAUUUCUGUACUCUUCUUUUGGCUUCUCAGAGGUUCGUCUGCCACCCACCCAUUCACAGUGAUCAACACUAUCACUUACCUCUUCUUUCCCGCCUCAACUGGUUUAAAGCUAUUUGCAAUCGCGUAUACCUCGGCCUAUAAGCAGUUGGGCCGUUGUAAUGUGUACGUCGGCUUGGUUGCAUGCUGCCUCGGAAGCUGUUCUUUUAAGAUCAUUUUUGUAUUCUCGAUGCGUUGCAGAUAGGUCCGUUACAUCUCUACCUGGUCCACAUACUUGUGAGCCCAGUGUCACUUGGUUAGGAGCAACAUCGAAACCUCACCCUGUCACUGUGAGCGCAAUCCGUCUGCUUCAUGCACUCUCUUCACGCGCGCUACUUCAGACGUGCAGCACUUCUUUUCGAUGCUUAAGUUCU